UUGCAACUGGUCGCCAAGGAUAUCUGAUAACAGAUAAUAAGGAAGACGCAAGUUAUUCAUUAACUCCAGCAGACUUUAGUCCUGUCCACUAAAGGAAGUCCUUUAUUGUCUACUGUCAAAACAGAAAGCUCAAGUUACAUUUCUCUUUUCAUUACUGAUAUUUACGUUGUGUGUAUAUAAAUAAGAGCUCUUGGCCACUUGGCUGAAUCUUCUCGCAGGAAGGAUGAGUGACACAGAGGAUGACAAUGAGAUCUCUUUUACAGUAAAGUUUCUCGGCCGAGUGGAGGUGGUCCGCCAUAACGGGCUAAAUAUCCUGGAGGAAGCUGCUCAGAGUCUCAAGACGCCCGACCCAUACGCUUCAGAAAAGGCUGCAAAGAAGAGCAAAGUCCAUCUCUUUGUGUCUCUGAGCGGGAUUGACAUCUUGGAAAACAAAACCAAGUUUCUGCUGUACACCUGCCCCCUCCCCACGAUUUCCUUCUGCGCCGUCUUGCCCUCGUCGCCCAAAGUGUUCGGUUUUGUGGCCAAGCACCCAGCGGUCGACAUGUACCAUUGCUACUUGUUCAAGAGCGAGACUUUGUCGUACGUGCUGGUCUCGGCCAUCGGCGAUGUCUUCCGAGCCGCGAAAAAAGAAGAGAGCGUCAGGGGCAGUCGAGACCUGAUCGUGGAGGCACUCAGGCACAAGAACAAAAUGCUGCAAAAGGAGAAUUCCGAGCUAAAGAGGAGGCUUGCGGACCAGAACAACCAACAAUAAGAAGAUGAGAUUGGAGUGUUUCUGCACCUGCAUCAUCAUCACAUCAUUCUGGACAUGACAAGUCUUGACCUAACUUUUAAGAUCAACUUCCUCCCGUCCCUUCCAUGAUGACUGAGCAGGCUGACCUCGGCACUCUGUUUCCGUCUUUUGUACUCACCAUAUUUCUUUUGCCCUUGAACAAACAUUUACAGUUUUGGAUGUUUGAUGACUGACGAUCUGGUUCAGGGUGUCCCCUCGCCUACUGCCCAAAGACAGCUGGGACAGGGCUCCAGUAUGCCUCGCGACCCUUGUGAGUGGAAAGCGAGUCAGAAAAUGGAUGGAUGGAUGGAUGGAUAAAUAAACCCCAUAGCUUCUACGUAAUGAAAAUGUUAAAAAUAAUUUGUUAAAUACAUAUUGCCAAAAAUCCCACGACGGUACAAUGUGAGAAAUGAACAGACAGCCCCUGUUUGUGCCCAAAUAGUCUGUGAGUGAAAGCUAAAAUAAUUUGAGCGCAAUUGUUCUACCCUAGUGGAGAGCCGGUAAAUUGCAAUUUUGUGAACUUUAUGACUAAAAAUUAAAUGAAAAAAAAAAAAAUCUUCAACUUCCCCAAAAUGAAAGUUUCCAAAUUGUAAUGUUCCCAUCCCAAGUAACUACAGUCGCGUAUUGUCGAUCUGAAUUUAGUGGAAUACUCUACAUACAAACAUACUACAUAUGACACAGACAUCAUUUUAUUCAUUUCCAUGACUGCAUACAGUAAAAAAGUUUUUUUUUUGUUCAUAUCUUAAUGUUGCAUAAAUUGGAUAGAGAGACAAAACAUGAAAAAAAGACCAGUGAGAUAUAAGACUGUUAGCCUUGUUAUACUUUAUGAAGCCUCAUUAUAGACAACCCAUCCUGUAUUUUUGUUUUGUUUUUAGCCCAACAAAUAGGCUGUCAAGCCACACACAAUGAGAGCCACAUCAAUGCCUAACCAACCAAAACACAUUCGCAACUCUGGCACCCAAAUUUCCAUCAUCGGGUGAAUAAAAUGGAUUUGUUUCUGUUUACACCGCCACCCCCUUUCGCGCUUUUUCCAUAUUUGGAUUUUUCCCUCUGACCUAUUCCUCACUCUGUUGUUCCACCUUUUCCUCAUUUCGCCAUCUUCCAGAAAUAAGCCAUUAAAUCUUUGUUCAUCCAAACGA